CGCCGCUUCCCUCCCAAAUUCGAACCAGGCCACACAAUCCAAAACGCUUCUCGACUGAUAGCUCACUGAUCAAUGGACUGGGCGUACUACGGCAUCAGCGGCUACUCGACGACGCCGUCUCCUCCUCCGGUGGGCGUUGGCGGCGGCGUUGGGGACGAGGACGAGGCGUACAUGACGGUGUCGUCGGCGCCGCCGAAGCGGCGCGCGGGGCGGACCAAGUUCAAGGAGACGAGGCACCCGGUGUACAAGGGCGUGCGCAGCAGGAACCCCGGGCGGUGGGUGUGCGAGGUGCGGGAGCCGCACGGCAGGCAGCGGAUCUGGCUGGGAACCUUCGAGACCGCCGAGAUGGCGGCGCGCGCGCACGACGUCGCCGCGCUGGCGCUGCGCGGCCGCGCCGCGUGCCUCAACUUCGCGGACUCGCCGCGCAGGCUCCGCGUGCCCGCGCAGGGCGCAGGGCACGACGAGAUACGCCGCGCCGCGGUGGAGGCCGCCGAGCUGUUCCGCCCUCCGCAGCAGCAGCAGCACAAUGUGGGUGGUUCCGAGGCGGCGGCGGCGGCGGUCGCUGCGCCCUGCGCACAGGGGAGCGGCGGCGGCGGCAUCGGUGGCGACUUCGCUUACUACCCGAUGGACGACGGGCUGGAGUUCGAAAUGCAUGGGUAUCUUGACAUGGCGCAGGGGAUGCUCGUCGACCCGCCGCAGGCGACCGCGUGGAUCGAGGACGAGUACGAAUGCGAGGUCAGUCUUUGGAGCUACUGAUCCAGCGCCAUUUGGACCGACCGAGCCGGCUCUGUCUGAAGGAGCAGAGGAGUGUGCUUUCCCUAGGUUUUGAGCGGCUGUCUCUGCACAUUUGGCACUGGCGCUAACACGGCCAAGGUAGCCUUGGCGCCAGAUAUGACACUUGGUGCAGGCGCCCUCUUAUCUUAUAAGUAAGAUAAGAAUCACAUGGUGUAAUAAACAGCAGAGCCUGCUGAGUGUUUGAGCCUGCAGCUGAGCGUUAAUGAAGUUGCCGUGUGGUUGGCUAAUGAUUUUUAGUGGAAUUUACCUGAAAACAUAUCCUCUAUGGAUGAAUGUCUGCUCCAGGAGCAAAAUGUUAGGACUGGAAAAGGGAGGCAAAGACUCAUCCCUGGUAGUAUGUUCCAACAUUUUGAAUUUGUGCAGUUCAGGCUAUUACUGACAGCAAAGGAUUUUGCUGCCACAUCUGUAGCCCGGAUAGUUGAUCCUCGAGUAUACUUGCAGGUCAUGGUUGUACGGUCGGAUUUCUGCAAGGUUGCUUUUUCAAGCGAUCUUGUUUCGGUGCUAUUGCAUUCCAAGAGCCUUUUUCAA